AUGGAUGAAUGCGCGGUUUUUUCGCCCUUUUCCGCCGAUAACGGCCCACCUGCCCAAGGGAGCCAUACACUCGAUGAAAGAUUCCUGUAUUCCCAAACGGAGGUGCGAAGAGUGCAGUGGCAUCCCACGUCCUUUUCUCACCUAUUGGUUCUAGUCUCAGACAACACUAUCAGGUUAUACAACAUAGCACUCAGGUCGGGUCCGAAGGUCGUGAGGAUCUUCACUAUAGGACCGAAGCCGUGCAGUCUCCUAGCAGGAAAGACCAUCCUGGACAGCCUCGGCGACACCGGGGUGGACUUCACACCCACACCUGAUUCUGAUCAUCUCCUCAUAUUGAAAGGCAACGGAGAUGUCUACAUGAUGGAAUGUGAUGUGGAAACAAAAAGCCCUCAACAGCCGAAGCUGUCCGGUCCGCUGGCCAUGUAUCCCCCGGCGGACGACAACUACGGCACCGAGUCGUGCUCCAUCGUAGCGAUGGGCGGGGGGGACGCGCCGCCGCUUGUCGUAGUCGCCACGUGCUCUGCCGCGCUGUACCACUGCCUCCUACUGCCUACGGGUAUUGAUAAAGAAGAAGGAGACACCCACGCAUUGUACGUGGUGGAAGCUGUGGAGCUGAAUAUAAUGCUCGAUCCUGCUGACGAGGGUUUGCAAUAUUCUUACCCGGUCCAUUUAUAUCCGUGCACGAGUAACACCUACGCGUGCGUACACGCAGGCGGUGUGCACACUGUUACAUUACCGAUACUCGGACAUCUGAAGGAUUAUGCUCUCGCUGAUGAAAGUGAGUCGGAGACGGCUCUAUCGGCGAUGUGGUCCAAGCCGAGCGCGGCGCACCACCUCGUGUGCACGUGGGGCGUGGGCGGGGGCGGGGGCGGGGCGGGGGGCGGGGGCGGGGCGCGCCCCCCGCGCGGCGCCGUGGUGACGUCACCGCCGCUCGCGCGCGUGCUGCUGCUGUGCGCGGACGCCACGUUGCUGCCCAGGAUCAUAGAACCUUACGAUUUGGAAGAACAGUUGUAUAAAGAAUUACAACUAAAGAAUCCUUCGCUGGAGCAGGAUGAUCUCAACAGUUUACUUAAAGAGAGACAGAAACUGUCGUUCACCGGCAUCGUGCAGGAGAUCCUUAGCAGGGAGAUGUCUCAGCCGAUACUGAACCUCGACAAACACGACCCGCCAGAUCCCAAAGAAACUCUACAGUUCCUGAGUGCGGCCACGUUGAAACUCCGCACUGAGUAUAUGUGUCGGCAGCAACGAGCUAUGGAAGCCAUACAGAGGAAACUGCAAGCGUUACAUACUCUGCAUCAACAACACGCCACUUGGCUUCAUAAUCUGCAGGUAUUAUCCACAUACACACUAUAUUAAGAAGUCAGGAUGGGAUACACAUUUGAAACCUUUUAUUAAAUUGUACACUCAAUGGGAACCGUAUUUAUACCGUAUGCCGUAACCGUAUGUAUAGGAAUAAGACCUAAAUUGACUACGCAACACUUCAAGCACAUAUUACUCAAGUUCAAGUCUUGCACUUACCUAUCUAUGGAACCUUACUCUGUAGUGUCAAAGUCGAUUUUUUAAAUAUUUUAAAAUAGUAAAGUACGCAGGUAUAUUUUGAUUUUAUUCAAGUGGGAUAUUGUGUUUUAUCUAUUAUUAGUUUAAUGAAUAAAUAUUAUGUACAGAGUGACGUGAGCGAGGUGCAGUUGCAGUCGACAGUGUUGAAGGAGAAGUGUUUACUCGCCGAGAAACAUCAGGAUGACUUUAACUACAGGUGAGUUGUAAAUGAAUAAAAUAAUAUUUUUAAUAUAUAUAAGUGUAUGUGUAAAUAUUAUAGAAAUAUCUUUUUAUGUAUGUAUUUACUACAUAUUUUCUCGCUAAUGUUAUAAAACAUGUAUACCCCUUUUUCUCUUCAUCUCACGGUUGCCUGGAAGAAAUCUUUUUUUUUUUCUUUUAAAGUAUUAUUUUAUUUAUUUUUAAUUCUAGACUAAAUAUAGUCUGACGUGCUGUUCACUACCAACUUUAGUCAUAGUCAUAAUAUUUAUUGCUUCAUGUUGGUACACAUGUUAUUACAUAUAAAUUAUCCUCAACAUGUGUCCUGCAAGGACAUUGCAACAUACAUUGCUUCACAAAAUUACUAUUAAUACAUUCACAUAAAAUUUCAGUUGAAUCAUUAUAUUAAAAUAUUUAAUUUUAUUUUAUUAUAUAUAUAAAAUUAAUUAAUAAUAUUAAUGCAUAUUUUCUGUUAAACGAACAGUUUGCCGAUGUCCGUAGCGUUUAC